AUGAAAACCCAUCGCGGGGCCGCCAAGCGGUUUAAGAAGACUGCCAGCGGCCGAGUGCGCCGCCGGUGUGCGUACCACGGCCACAUCCUCACCAAGAAGUCAGCGAAGCGUCGCCGCCGGCUCCGUAGCGGCGCUUGGGUGUUCGCGGGUGAGGCGAAGAUGAUCUCCCGGAUCAUCGGCUGA